UUUUUUUCCAUCAGAAUUAUAUUAUUAACAAGAAAGUCGUCUUCGUUAUUGUUCAUUACAAAUCCAAAGAUAAUGUCCUUAACAGUGAAAUUUUUUAGAUGGGGAACUUUUGGGUAAAGCCAGUUAUGGAUAUCGGACCAUAAAGCAUCCACAUACAUUUCUUUAAUUUUGGGAGAUAAAGGAAAUUUCAAAUACUUGGUUCUAGGUAUGUAAAUGGUUUCUUUGGAAAGGUGAUGUGAGAUUGAGUUUCCGUAAACUAUUAUAGGAUAAGAAAUGUUGUUAAAUACAUUUCUAAUCAUUUUGUUUAAAAGUUGACUUCCCUUGAAAUCACAACCUUCAAUUGUGACUGGUGGGAGAUUCGGGGUUAUGAGGGUAGAAUAAGAGAAAAUUUCCAUAAUUGGCCAGUUCUCUUCAUACAGUGAUUUAUUCCUAACUGUAAUAUAUCUAUUAUUUUAUAAUGGUGUUUUGUGUGGUGUAAAGUUAUGAUUAUAUAGUGUGAUUAUACUGGAAUAAUUUAAUUGAGAGACAUUGAACAUUGAUGUCGGAUCUAAGUAUAAAAAUAUAUUCCCCCUAAUUUCUUGAAUAACUCUCUAGGAAUGUAACACCCAAAAUCGUUGUUUAUAUAGAUGAUUUAUAGAAUCAAUAUUAAUGGUUUGUAAACCUCCAUCUUUAAAAUCUUUUGUCAUCUCUACUAUUUUUAUGUAAUGGGUUUUCUUUUUCCAUAUAUAACCAAAGUUAACCUGGUUGAUUUUUUUCGAUGGUUCUAUUUGAAAUGGCGAUUGUGUGUGCAGGAUAUAUGAAUCUUGAAAUACCUUCCAUCUUAGUAAAAAAAAAAAAAACAACUCUAAUGAGCUUAUAUCAGGUAAUAACCCAAAAGUUACAUAUUCAUUUACAUAUACAUAUUCACAUAUUUAUUUUCCUCAGGAUCUUUUGAGGUAAUUAUUCCUAAAUAUUUGUUAUUUAUGUUUAUGUUAUAAACCUCCGUUAAGUUACUUUGAUGAAUUGGCAUUAAUACACACUUGCUCAAAUACAUUUUUUAAACCAGAGGCUUUGGUGAGGAUGUGAACUGUUUGUAAUAUUUUGGGUACCCCCAAUAGCUGCUUCAUAAAAUGGUAGUAUCAUCUGCAAACUGGCUGAUGAUUAUUGGCAAGCCAAGUGCAUUUAAUGAGGCUAUGUUUGAAUUUUUUAUGAAGAUAGAGAGCAUCUCAGUGGUUUGAAUAAAAAGAAAUGGGGAAAAGGGGCAACCCUGUUUAAUACCGCGAGUGAUGGUAAAUCUGGGUGAAGAACCUCCUGGUAAAGAAACCGAGCUAUAAGCAGUUUAUUCCCCAUGGGCGAAAGCCCGCCCCCUUUUCUCCAGUGCUGUGGAUAGCAGAGGAAUGUGUCUCUUUAUCUGUUUAGCUAGUUAUUUAUAUAUUAUACGAUUUAAUUCGUUUUGUGUAAAACCAGAUUACCGAGAUGUGCUGCUUACUCUCCAGUAAACUGAAUGUUUAGUGCUUGGAGUGUAGCGCGAGUAGGUUUUAGUUUAACAGGGAUACAGGUGUGUGUUAGUGUGCUGUGUCUUCAGUGCUCUCCUGGUGCGGUGUCAAAGCUGUCACGUGAUCUGGGUCGGGGUUCCGGAUGUUACUACUACCGCCUCUAGAAAACUACUGUACGAGUCCCACACCCUCUGUCAUAUUAUCCGGUGUCGUAUUAUAUCUUCUAAAUACUGGGAACAAAGCAGCAGCAUGAGCUCUGAAGAUGGCAGUGUUGGGUACUCCUUUGGGUGCCAUUUUUGGGUCCAGGAGCUGGAAAGGGUGGGGUUCAUGACUGGAUUACAGAACGUCAAGCACAGAUGCGGAUUGCAUUUGACUGGGCACGAGAACAUUUGAAGGCUGCGGCUGAACGUCGGAUUUGGGAAGAUGGUUACCACACCCAAACUACACCAGUUUUGCCUGUUAGCCACUUGUUGGCUUGGAGGAAUCUUCUCUUACCUGUUGUUUUUCAGAAUUACUUGCCAAAAUGUACACCUCAAACAAUUCCUUCUUAUCAGUCCAACUUUUACAAGAGUGCAGACGUUUCUGUUCCUAUUACCACUGCAUCAACUAAAACUGCUCAGCCUAAGGAGGAAAAACCCAUCCUGCUGCUGUGGUUCUUGCCCGAAAACUACCAUUGGGACUUUAAUGACUGUAAAACCAUAUACAACAUCGACGGCUGCCAAUUGACUUUAGACAGAAACCUUUACAGUCAAGCGGAUGCAGUCCUUGUUUUUCACAAAGCUAUCAGCAGGGAUUUGUCCAACCUUCCACCAUCCCCUCGGCCUCCAUUUCAAAAGUGGAUCUGGUUCCAUGUAGAAUCGCCGACCAACACGCCAAAGAUCCCAGGCUUGGAGAACCUUUUCAAUGUCACUUUGAGCUACAGACGGGAUGCGGAUAUUUCUGUGAGAUAUCGACUGACGGUCAGCAAAAAGCCAAACGAGAACAUCGUGAUUCCAAAGAAGGACAAGCUUCUCUGCUGGUUCGUGUCAAAUAUUGACCCCAAAACUGGAGUAGGGACCAGGAUGAAUUACUACAACGAGUUAAAGAAGUACAUCAAUGUGCAUGUUUUUGGACACUUGGCCGGAUCACGCAUGAACGAUGACGACUAUUAUCCCACCAUGGCUUCUUGUAAAUUCUACCUUGCUUUUGAGAACUCCAUUCACAAGGAUUACUUUGUGGAGAAAUUAAAUGGUCCUCUUGCAGCCGGGACUGUCCCUGUCGUCAUGGGACCCCCGAGACAAAAUUAUGAAGACUUUGUUCCGGGUAAUUCCUUCAUUCACGUUGAAGACUUUCCCAAUGCUAAAGCUCUGGCUGAAUAUCUGCUUCAGCUGGACAAAGAUGAAGAAGCCUAUAAGCACUACUUUGACUGGAGAAAGCAUUUGACUGCAACUCCUCAUCUAGUACAUUGGAAUCAAGAGUUUACCAUGUAUAUCUGUCAAGCCUGUGAAUAUGUUGGUAGGCACAAAGAGUAUAAAGCUGCACAUAACAUCUACAAAUGGUGGUUUUCAUAAAGAAGUUGUUUAACAGUUUUAUGCCAUUUUAAACCAUACAGGCAGGACAUAGACUUCUUUAAGUUGGUGCUGUUGCCUAAAAAUGUCAAAGUAAUUCUUGAUUACUUUUUAUUAUAUUUUUUUACAUUUUGAACAUACAAUGCAUGUUAAUUGGUGCACAUUUAUACUUUUAGAAUCCUGAAAAUCUUUUUAUUCAUUACUGAAAUAAUUUUGUAAUUUUGUUUCCAAGCGUUCUUUUUUUUAAUUUUUUUAAAGAGUUUUUAACAUAUGGUUGGUCCGCUGUAAGGCAAUAGUUAUUACAAUUAGCUAAUAAUUAUGCACAAGUAAGACUGCUUUCGAAAAUAGAUAUGUUAAUAAAUUUAUAUUUAUCAAUGAACAAAAAUGGACAGUAAAAUACUUAUCCAAAAGAAAACAA